GAAGCAGCCACCAGCAAGCGGGCAUGAGCAACGAUAGAGGCACCGACAGACCAAACAGGCCAGAGCAAUGAGAUGGACACGAGUGCAUGCCCAGAUGGAACAACCCUCCAAACCAGAUGUGCCCCUGGCUGAGCAGAGACUGCAGGAUCUCCCCGGUCUGGACAUGGUUCAUGAAAGCACUGUAAUUACCAGCCCAGAUGUGGUCCGCGUUUAUGUCUCAUCCAUUAAUUCCAGGUGGUGACUUAUGCUGUUAGCAGAACCACAAAUCCUGAUGUGACUGACGGUGGCAUCCCACUAACCCCUGCAGACGCAGCAGUUCCCAGCUGUCUCCUCUGCACAAACCCAGAUGUGGCUCACAGCUGCAUCAUAAUAGCUGAUUACAGUCUACCAAUGAAUCCCAGAUGUGGCUUGGCGAUUUUGCUGUGUGAAGCAGUCUCACUGGGCCGUCUCAAUGAAUACCCUUCCCCCGUCCAGAUGUGGGUGACGGCUGCCUGCUAUCCCGCAUUCCAGAUGUUACUCGUGCCUGCCUCUCACGCGGAGGCCAACUUUGCGCCUGCCUCUCUGCCCAGCUGGGGUUCGCCGCUGAUGCUGCCCCAUCCAGAUGUGUUCGGGAACGCAGGUGUGGGCCGGAAGGGACACGAGGGGCCUGCACUCAGUGUGCUCAGGCUGCUUCCCCACCUCUGGGUUCUGGAUGUGCUGUUCCAGCCAUCUCACACCCUGACUUCUCCCUCCUCCCUCUACUUUCACAACCCCCUGAUGCUUCAUGGAGAGCGCAGGCAUCCGGCAGUGAGGAGUUGGUAGUUUCUUGCCCUUCCUUCCCUCAACUUCAUCCUCCCUGCUUCUCAGCGCCCCGUUCCCACCCCGUCCUCUGCACGCACUAUCCUGGGGUGACAGAUAGCCGGAUCCGGGGUGCUUGUGGGACCCCAGGGGCAUGCUCCAGCAGCACAGAGCACUAACCCCACGGCAUGGGGCGAUGCAGGGGCCUGGAUGGAGGUUCCCCAUGCCCUCCCCUCGCCUCCCUUCCCCCCUCCGCCACACACGGCCGCCCGCCUGCGCCCCCUCCGAGGGGGCCCGCUUCCCCCGCCUCCCUCCCUCUUUCCGAGCCAGUGCCAGCCAAGUCUUUCACCCCAUUGUGCCGGGGAUUCAUUAACAUUCCCGCGGCGAGGGAGCCGCUUUUGUGGCGCUCGGGGGAGGUCGGGAGGCCACGGGGGAGCGGCGAAGAGCGAGAGGGGGAAGCCAGGAAGGGCCGGGCCGGGCCGGGCGCAGGGGAGCCCCGCGGCGGGGUCGGGGGCUGAGGGUGCGGCUCCCCGAGGGGCCUGGGCUCCUGGUGGCCUGCAGCUCUGUGACCCCCCCUGUCUGCCCCGGGGGGAGUCCCUGCCCACCCCCCCCAGCGGAGCCCGACGGCCGGCGCGGGGCAGGAAGGGGUUAAGGCGCCCCCCCAUCCCGCGGCCACACAAAAGCCGGCGGGAGCGGAGCGGGACGAGCGCUUGGGGCCGCACAAUGAGCGGCGCGGCCGAGGGGGGCGUGUCCCCGGCCCCGGCCCCGGCCCCGGGCCGCCCGGCCACGGCCGCAGCCACCGCCGUGCCGCAGGCUCCGGCCCGGGGGGGCCCCGGCCGCGGGAUGUCGCGCCGCAAGCAGCGCAAGCCGCAGCAGCUCAUCUCCGACUGCGACGGCUCCACGGCCUCCGACAACGGGGACACGGGCGACGAGGCGGCCCCCUCCUCCUCCGGCCCCGCCGAGCAGCCCCCGGCGCCCGACAGCGCCAGCUCCUCCUCGUCCUCCUCCUCGUCCACCUCGGAGCCGCGGCCGGAGAGCCCCCCGGGCAUGGAGACGGAGCCGCCUGCCCCCGCCGCGCCCGAGCCCCCCGCUCCGCCGCCGCCCCCGCCCGCCGCAGCCCCGCCGCCCGCGCCGCCCGGCGGCCACCUCAACAUCCCCCUGAUCCUGGAGGAGCUGCGGGUGCUGCAGCAGCGCCAGCUGCACCAGAUGCAGAUGACGGAGGAGAUCUGCCGCCAGGUGCUGCUGCUGGGCUCGCUGGGCCAAGCGCCUGCCCCCGAGCCGCCCGCUGCCGCCCCGCCGCCGCCGCCGCCGCCCGCCAAGGCCCCCCUGCCCGUCUUCUCCAUCAAGGCCGAGCCGGGACGGACCCCGGCGUCCGGCUCCCCGGAGCUGCCCAAGCCCGCCUUCUUCCACCUAUACCACCCCUUCCCCCGGGGCCCCAAGGCCGAGCCCCUGCUGGCCCCGGCGUUCCCGGCCACGGGGCUGCUGGCCGCCCAGUGCCUGGGGGCAAGCCGGGGCCUGGAGCCGGCGUCCUCGCCAGGGCUGCUGCGGCCCAAGAACGGGGCCGGGGCGGUGGAGCCGGGGCCCGACGAUAAAGCGGGCGGGCGGCACAAGUGCCGCUUCUGCGCCAAGGUGUUUGGGAGCGACAGCGCCCUGCAGAUCCACCUGCGGUCGCACACGGGCGAGCGGCCCUACAAGUGCAACGUCUGUGGCAACCGCUUCACCACCCGUGGCAACCUGAAGGUGCACUUCCACCGGCACCGCGAGAAGUACCCCCACGUCCAGAUGAACCCCCACCCCGUGCCCGAGCACCUCGACUACGUCCUCACCGGCACCGGGCUGCCCUAUGGCAUGUCCGUGCCCCCCGAGAAGGCCGAACCGGGCGAGGAGCCCCCGACCCCGGCCCCUGAGCCCCGCAAGGGCCUCAGUGCCACCGAGAGCCUCACGCUGCUCUCCGGGGCGGCCACCCCCACCGCCUCGCAGGCCCUGCCCGUCUUCAACAAGCUGGUGCUGCUGAAGGCGGCCGAGGGCCGGGCCAAGGGGGACGAGAACACCCCUCCGGGCCGGGAGGCCGAGGCUGCCCGCCUGCCCCUGGGCAAGCUGCCCGGCUGGGCUCUGCUGGCUGGCCACUUCAAGGCGGGCAGCACCGGCUUCCCCUUCCCCUGUCUGCUGGAGCCGCUGGGCACCUCGCCCUCCGAGACCUCCAAGCUGCAGCAGCUGGUGGAGAAGAUCGAUCGCCAGGCACCCCCGACGCCCGGGGUGGGCGGCACCGCGGCGGCGGCCCCCUCGCCCCCAGCCCCUUCAUCCUCCUCCUCCUUGAUGGCCGGCACCUCCCCUGGCGGCGCGGCUGCCCCCAACCAGUGUGUCAUCUGCCUGCGGGUGCUGAGCUGCCCCCGGGCCCUGCGGCUGCACUACGGGCAGCACGGUGGGGAGCGCCCCUAUCGCUGCAAGGUAUGCGGCCGCGCCUUCUCCACCCGCGGCAACCUGCGGGCACACUGCGUCGGCCACAAGGCCAGCCCAGCCGCCCGCGCCCACAACUCCUGCCCCAUCUGCCAGAAGAAGUUCACCAACGCCGUCACCCUGCAGCAGCACGUCCGCAUGCACCUCGGCGGGCAGAUCCCCAACGGCGCCCUGCUCCCCGAGCCCCCCGCCACCCUCGCAGGGGAGGGACCGCGCCCAGCCCCUGCCCAGCCCGCUGCCGAGGGGCCUGCCCUGCCCCGGGAUGAGGAGGAGCUGUCAGAGGAGGAAGAUGAAGACGAGGAGGAGGACGACGAGGAGGAAGGCACUGACGAGGACUCGCUGGACAGCGGCGCCGAGAAGCCCCCGGGCGGCUCUGAGGGGGUGUCAAGCCCUGAACGGGAGGUGCUGCCAGCUCCUGCCAAGGAGGAGGAGGAGGAUGCUGGGAAGGCGGCAGGGGCAGGGGCAGGGGAGGGCAGUGCCCAGCCUAGCUCCCCUCCCCCGCCCAGGGAGGGAUCGCCUCUGCCCCCCACGGGGGACCCCGUCCCCCCGAAGGCUGAGAGGGGAGGAGGAGGGGAAGCAGCAGGAGGCGCCGAGGAGGAGAAGGAGGCUGCAGGGGCUGGCGUGGAGGAGCCACGCGCCGGCCGGGUCCAGGAGGGGGCAGUCGUGGCCUGUGGGGUCUGCAAAGAAGCCUUUCCUGACGGGGCCGCACUACGCAAGCAUGUCCUAGCUGCCCACCACCAGGUGCCUCUGGCAUGGGGCUGUGGCCCGGCACGGCGCGGCCGGCGCCCUACCCUGGAGGGCCCGGUGCCGGUGCUGGCAGGGGGCACGGCCAAGCUGCAGGACUUCCUCUCGCGAGAUGUGCCGGCCCAGUUGGUGGGCGUGGGGCCCCUGUCCUUCUGGAACCAGUAUACCGCCUUCGUCUCCGCCGGUGGGCUGGCCUCCAAGCCAGCCCGAGCACCUGCCCUCGCUGCUGCGGCCCCGGCCCUCUAUGGGCCCAGCCCGGGCCCCGCGCCCACCCGGCCAGCCCCUGCCGAGGCCAAGGAGAAGCCCGUUGCUAGUACACUACUGCUGGGACCCCCGGCCCCCAGCGAGCCGGCCCCAGAUGGCCAAGGGAAGGCGGAGAAGUAGCCGGCUCAGGAGAUAACCCCUAGUAGCCCACUCGGCAGGGGGACGCUGCAGGAGGCCACGAGCUCUGCCGGGGACACCGGCCCUCGCCUCCUCCGCCCACCACGACAUUAGCGGCAGUUUAGUCUUC